CACACAACACACGCUACAGCAGUCACAUAGACCCCACUGAGGGCCCAUCCAAGCCCAUACAUGGUUGGGCGUCCCCCCGGUAAACGAAACAAGAAGCGUGGCAGCUGCCAAACAAGAACAGGUGGUCGGUUCGGCGCGAAAGCGGCCGCGUCACCAUCCCCCGCUGCGGACACUUCACCGCCACAUGACCACCACGACACAUGUUAUGAAGGAGACGAGGAGGACCACAGCAGCAGCCAACACAGCAGCGACAGCAGUAGUCACUAUGGCAGCUGCAGCUCGGGGAGCUCGGGCCGUGUCAAGCGUGAUGGCACGAGCAAACGACAGCGCAGGCGCCGCCGGCAACAGCAGCGAGAAAAAGAAGGAAAGAGGGGCUUUCGUACUCUUUUUCAAAUGUGGGCGCCGACUCCACCGCCUCCGCCCGGCAGCACUUUCGCCCCCACCUCUACAGAGACCGAAAGCAAGGCGGGACAGUUUGAGGACGGGGCGGUUGUGUUCGAGGUUGAGGGAGGUGGAGACGACGGUGACGAGCUCUGCAAUUGGUUUGGACAAGAUGCCAUGGAGCAGGUGGAUGUGUGUCUGGACGCGUGCAGUUCCGCGUCUGAGGGGCUCAUCUUUGGGGGAUACGCUGGCGACUCGGCUGACUGCACGUCGUCAGAAGAGUCUAACAUGGAGUGGAGCGACGUGGAGCAGACGUUGGAGCAGACGCCGAAGCAGCCGUCGCAGGGAGCGUUGCAGAAUCCCGAUCGGUGCGCAGAUCGAGAUUCCGCCGCACAGCGGAAAUCAUGCCGCAUCCAGCCGGCGGCUACUGCCGCAGCGCGGGCGCGGAAACCGCAACCAAAGGGCUUGCCAGCUGGCCCAGGAAGAGGAAAGAAGGAGAAGCAAUGUAACCCCAAGCGCAGGAGAGUGUCUCGCAAGGAGCAACGAAGGCGGGAGAGGAGGUCGAAGAAAUCCGGGAGACGGCGCGCAGUGCGGGAAGCGGCGCGUUUGAAGGUGCAGCAAGAGCGGCUAGAGAUCUUCGAACAGGCGAAGGGUAUUCUUUUUCCGGCGGUCCGGCACUUCCGGCUGGAAAACAUCGUGGAGAACCCGGACGAGGCGCUAGCAACCGACAACAAGAAGGGGUACGCCAUGAGACAGGCGUCCGCCAUCUUGACCUUCGUGUCGCUAGAGAUUGCUGAUGGACUUCACCCCAUCAAGCACAGCGAGGUUGCGGCGCUUCCGGUCGGCGUGACCGGUAAAGUGGUUCGGGCGUGGGUGCGUGAUUUUGUCAACGGCAAGAGGUUCAAGGUUCGCGUGCGGGACUACGCUGCUCGCAACCUGCUCUCAUUAUUUUCAACGACGAGGACUUUCGCGAAGAGUCGCGCGAGUGGCUGGACGCCAAGAUAUACGGCCGCAAGGAGGGGGAGCCGCAGCUACGUGUUCGGGACUUCCAGAAGUGAGCAUCUCAACGACACCGCGCUCAAGCCUUACAUGGAAGAGGGUGCGCGGGGAAUCUCCCUCGACACGGUGCACAGAUGGCUGCAGGACUUGGGCUUCCGUUGGCGGCGACACCGAAACUGUGUCUACGCAGACGGUCACAACCGCCCCGACAACAUCAGGAGGAGGACGGGUUACGUGACGGAGAUGCAGGAGCACCAGAAGCGUACAGUCAAGCUCGCAAAGAUCGGUGAGGGCCCGGAAGCCGAGGAGGUUGCUCUUUGGCCUGCGGUGUCCGAGAGUGCGGGGGGCGAUCCUCUGGGGGAAGGGAGCACAUGGAUGCACGUUCAGCUCGAAGGCGAGUGCGGCUGGGAGAAGCAGCAUAACCUCAGGACGAGCGGAAAGCUCGAAGAGCUUCCGGUCGACGAGAGACUCGAGCUGUGGUGCACGGAGCGGCAGCGUGUUCCAGCCCAACCGCUGCCGCCCGGGUUUCGCUUGCUGGAACCGAGGGAGGUGAUGGAGGUGGUGUACCACGACGAGUGCGCCUACAAGCAGAACGACAGCGGCGGGGCAGCGUGGGAGAACGAUGAAAAGGGCGCAGCGAUGAGCCCGAAAAACGAGGGCGCCGCUGUCAUGGUGUCGGACUUGAUCGGCGAGGAACGCGGGCAGCUGGACAUCCCCGCUGAGGUGUACGCGAUCAUGCAGGAACACGGGACAAUGCCGAAGAUGGAGAUUACGGAUGAAGGAGCUACGCUCUCCCGCAGCGACACCUACGUCGGGCGUUGCAAGCCGUGCGAAGAGUACCCCGACGGCAUGAAGACGAAGAAGGUGUCUGAUGCUGUUCACUCGCUCGAGCGCGUUCUUUCGGAGCUGAACAUCGACUGCAAGGAAUCUGGGCCCGAGUACAACCUUGCGCGCUCGGCCAGGAUCAUCCUCCGGGUCGGCAAGAACCUCGACGGAUACUGGGAUAGCAACCGCUUGUGCGUGCAGCUUGAGGCCAUAUUCGCGGCGUUCGAGAUCUCGAGGGAACCAGGCCGACAGAUGCUCGCAGUCUUUGACAACUCCACCGGGCACAACGCAUACAGCCCCGACGCCUUGAGGGCGCAGAACAUCCGAGCCUCACCAGGGGGCGAGCAGAUCCCCCCCCGCAACUUCGAGUACAACGGCAGAACGAUCUACACGACGUUUCGGGAGGGCGACGUGCUGUGCUUCAGAUCCAGCCCCUUCGCUCGAAAGACGGAGGCGGAGGCCGUGGCCAAGAAACGACACGGGAAAAGGUUGGGAGUGUUCCCGAUAGGAACGGUUGUCAAACGGGGGACCAGCUCGGAGAAGCUGAUUGGUGUCGCCAAGGGGAUGAAGGAGAUUCUGGAGGACAUGGGGCUGUACAAGCUAGCCAGCGAAACGAAAGCGCCACCGCUGCUGUGCCAAAGGUGCAAAGACGAGGCUAAGGCCAAGCGGGACAAGUCAACGAUGUACAACAAGGGGGGGGAGAGCCGGCAGCAGGCGCUCGAAGGCGAAGGAGACUCCGAUGAUUCGGACGAAGACAGCGAGGAAGGUGGUGCUCGCGAUGCAGCCAGAACAUCGAGAAGAUGCUGCUGCCAGCGAAUCAUCAGCGAGGUCAAGGCCUUCAAGGAGCAGAUGAAUCGGGUCGAGGAGCUGUUCGAAGCUGCUGGGCACGCAUGCAUUUUCCUCGCCAAGUACCACCCGGAGCUCAAUGCUAUCGAGCGUUUCUGGGGCUACACCAAGUCUAUCGAGCGCCGUGUCUGCGACUACUCCGUCCUGAGUCUGCUUGCAAGGCUUCCCAUGACGCUGAGCACUGUCUCUUUGUCACUGUGCCGAAAAUGGGCCCGUGUUUCCUGGCUGUACAUAUAUGCCUACAGCCACGGGCUUGAGGGCUACUUGCAAACCCGAGACCUCAAGAAGUGGACGAACCACCGCUCGCCCACCGACACGGCCGACAACGUGUUGCUGGCUCGUGGCCAAGCAACAACCGCGGAGGAGCGCAAGGCCAAAGAGCAGGCCGCCCUUGCCGCGGCCAAGGAGGCCAGAAAAAAGUCUAACGAGGCUGCCGAUAAGAUGUUGAAGCGUUUCGUAGCGGCAAAGCUCGCACCACCUCACUUCACCGGCAGCACCAGCCGGCGCGAUGUUGUAUCUGUGUAACCAUAUAGGUAGAUAGAUAUUCUACCUUACAUUUGCGUCCUGCUCCUUUAUACUUCGAUAUAAAAAAAUUUACAUGUGGUCUUAACCGACAUGGUAUAUAGUAUUCUAGAUAGAUAGAAUAUAUAGGACACAACUUAAUGUAGAUAGAAUAUAUAUCUAUCAAGCGAAAAAGGUUGUUCUACUCGGCGCUGCCGAGCUAAGGGUGCAGGGCCCUACCUGUGGGGCUGUACUCGGGGUAAUACGUGCCGUUUCGGGACAAUACGCGGCGUUUCGGGGUAAUUUCGGGGUAAUUUUCGCCCUGAAACGGCCACUUUCACCAAAAAAAAAAUUGACCCCGGAUAUCGAUGCUUCUCGACCUUGCGGUUCUUCUCAACUUUUUUUCGCGUGUCAACUCUCAAAAACAAGCGAGAAAAAGUGGGGGUCAUGUGGGAAAAUUUAACCGGACGGACUCUACAAGAUACCACACCCCUAACGAAAUUGUACAGAAAACCACACUCGUGUGAUAACUUGUUGCGUCCAUGGAAAAAAUAUUAAAAGCAUAAAUUUAUCAUACGGUCCCAGAAGGUAGUACACACCCUAAGUUGAGCCGCAAACAUAUAUCACGGAGCUCCCCAUCACACCGGUGUUUGUUUGUUUUGUUUUUGUUUUUCUCCCAUCAUUGGACUCUGUCGUCUGCCCUUCUGGCCCCUAUCCUCCACUUCUACUAGCUAGACGACCCAACCGGGGUCACAUAGGAGGGGGGGGUUGGACCCCCUCCUGCGGUUCAUGCCUGAGGUAUUUUUAUCGCGAGAAGGGUACAGCAAUCCCUUCCCUCGCGGCGUACGAAGUCGAUUAUGGUUAACUAACAAACGAGCUUUGCAGCGCGUCGCUUUCAUCCUAGACCAGGAUUUAUUUAGUGAGAAAAAAACUCUCUCUGCCGGGACUCGAACCCAUGACCUGGCCCUUAGCAGGCUGCGAGGCCACCCACUAGACCACCUGGGCGACCGGUUGUGUGGUAGACCGUGAUAACGCACAUAGCGCACGCCGCAACCCUGCACUCCAGAUAUGGUGACCAACAAAACCGCGGAGAUGGAACGAAGCACACAACACUUCUCAAAGCAUCGCGGCUCAGACUCUAGCGGGAGCGGCACGCCCAUUUACGCCAUUUUUUUCUGUGGCGCCUGAGACUCCCGCAGCACCCGGUGUGCCUGCCACCGCCCGAGCUGCCGAGGCCCGCGCAUCAAAACCUACUGCUGACACUCCCGCAACAACACCUGCUGUGCCUGGCACCGCCCGUGCUGCUGACGCCCACAGGACGCCACCCGCAACCCAGAAUUCUUGUGGGAGAACGUAAUGAUAGGUGUAACGUUUUCAAACCCCAUCAUUAUCACACCCCUCGUUAUCGCACACGCUGUAGGUUGGGUUGUGUGGGCGCACUUCUUCCCACGGGUGACAUUUUCACACCCCAUAUUUGUCACACACCCUUGUUACCACCCACCCCCCAGCGGGUGGGGUCGUGUAGGCGCAGUUCAUUCCAUGGGUGACAUUGUCGCACCCCCUUUUGUCGCACACCCCUGUUAUCACACCCCCUGCGGGGUGGAAUCGUCUGAGAGCAGUUCAUCACACGGGUCACACAAGAUAUCAAACCCCCUACAGAGUAUCACACCCGUGUGACAACUUUUGGACCUUCAAAGAUGAUAUCACACGGGUGUCGUAUCUUGUGUUACCUACGGUAGGCCAUUUUGGUACCAACAUUGUGAAAGAAAGGUGGAUGCACCACGACAUCAAGCUGGUUGCGGUCGUUGGUCCCCAGGCAAGUCAAAGCCUUGAGUCCCAUAGCAAGUGCAGAAGUAGCUCCCAAGCCUUAAUGCAGUCAAAAUUGUGUCAUUGCUCUCUCUCUCUCUCUCUCUC